AAUAACAGCCCGCUCUGGAUUGCAGGGACCCAGUGCCUGAGCCAGAUUGGCGAUGAUGAACAAGGUUACGACCUGGACUUGUUCUGCAUACCUAAACAUUAUGCAGAUGAUUUGGAAAAAGUCUAUAUUCCUCAUGGGCUCAUCAUGGACAGGACGGAGAGACUGGCACGAGAAAUUAUGAAGGGCAUGGGAGGACACCACAUUGUAGCACUCUGUGUACUCAAGGGUGGCUAUAAAUUUUUUGCUGAUUUAUUAGACUACAUCAAAGCACUGAACAGAAACAGUGACAAAUCAAUCCCCAUGACUGUCGACUUCAUUAGGUUGAAGAGUUAUUGUAAUGAUCAGUCAACUGGAGAUAUAAAAGUCAUUGGUGGGGAUGACCUCUCAACCUUGACUGGAAAGAAUGUUUUGAUUGUAGAAGAUAUAAUUGAUACUGGUAAAACAAUGAAAACGUUGCUGUCUCUACUUAAGCAGUACAAUCCAAAGAUGGUGAAAGUAGCCAGUUUGUUGGUAAAAAGAACUCCUCGAAGUGUGGGAUAUCGACCAGACUUUGUUGGAUUUGAAGUGCCAGACAAAUUUGUUGUGGGAUACGCCCUAGAUUACAAUGAAUACUUUAGAGAUUUGAACCACAUCUGUGUGAUCAGCGAGACGGGGAAGCAGAAGUACAAAGCAUGAAAGCAUAGUUCCAGUGCUAUGAGAACAGAGCUUUGAAAUGUUUUGUUUACAGAGUCCUAUCUUUCACAGGCUUCAACUCUGGUACACCAGCUAAAAUUGUAGAACGCCCCAGCCCCGUUGUCAUAUGCUUACUAUAAUUUAUUGCAUGUACAAUAUAAGAUCUCGUCUUGUUCAUUUAUAUUUUAGAAAUGUAAACAACUAGUGCAAUUCUGCACUCCUUAUUUUGAUUUGCACUAUGACUCUACCGACUAUUGCUGCCCCUGGUUGGGUUGUGCUGUUUGUGAGCUCCGGAGGCUAACUCUUGCAGUGGUAAAUUGCUUAAACCUCAUCAACCCAGAACUGAAAUAGUUCCAAGUACUGUAAAUGUAAAACAUUUUAUGAUAGGGAAGUCUAUUAGUAAUAUUUUUAAAAUCUGUAAUUUAAGUUUUAUAUUUUAAUGCACAAAUGUGUUUGUGAUUAAUGGAUAGUUGCACCUUUGGGUGUUAUAAAGCAUGAGGAGCAGCCAGUUACAGUAUCUGUAAUCUCCAAGAAGCUCGUUCAGAUCUCCUGGAGUUGCCUUAUUGCUGUAAAGGAAGUCUGGGUGAAAAAUGUCUUUCUCUUUUGUUUGUUUAUUUUUUGAAGCAGAUGGAAUGACAAAACAGAAUGUUUAAAAUUUAGUUUUAGCUGAGCUGCCUGCUUC